AAAGAAGUUCCAUCAAUAGAGCAGAGCGAGUUAAAAUCGGAGAAAAAAGGCUGAUCUAGUGGGGAAAAAAGGCGAUCGUGACAGUGAGCUGUAGUGGAAAGCGUGAAAUCGGCGCGUGUGUGUGACCGGCAUCUCCCCCCUCGGGGAUAAAGGAAGUUGCAGAAAGGCACCUUCUUCCGAUUGCUGAACACGUAGACGAAAAUUUUCAAUCGUGCGUUCGUGUGUGUGCGCGUAUGUGUGCUGUGUUGUCCUUUUGUGCAGAAUGCACGUGUAAAAGUGAUCCCCGUUGUGACGAUAUUCACGUAAUACGUGCGAACGCGUGAGAAGUGGCAGAACACUUGUUUUUUUUUUCUCUCUCGCCUAGCAAAGGUUGAUGAGUGUACGCGUGUGCUAGAGCGUACGUGUGUAGUUUUGUAACCCAGUGUGUUCGAAUGUCACAUUAUGCGUGCAGAUUAGAGCAAUAGAGUUGAAGGGCCAGUUGUGUAGUUGUGGAGUGAGCACGAGAGCGUGAGAGAGAGUGAAGUUUCAGCCGCAUGAAAUUGUGUGUUUUUCACGGAUGAAUUGUGCUUAUUGGUGAAUAAUUAUUGUUUUGCUUAAGAAAACCCCAUAACUAUUCCCUCCUUCUUCUUCACAAGAAUUCGGUGCGUGUAAAGAAUUCGGUGAGAAGCGUUGCGUGUGCGUUGUGUGAGACCUCUCUAGCGUGCGUGCGUGCGUCCGUAGUUGGAAUCAUUUCGUUUUGCUUCUCCGGUGAAUGGUGGACAUGUCAUGAGAAUUAAUCGUAUCGAAGAUAGAAUGGAUGACAACAGUUCGCUCGGUCACCAGAACGGUGGCGGAAGUGCAGUUGGCCAGCUGGGUGGUAUUGGUGGCGGUGCGGGCAGCGGCCAGGGCGGUGGAACCGGCGGGCUUGGUGACAUGAGCAACAGUGGUGCCGGCAGCGGGCUGGUAGGUAAGGGUGGAGCGGCCGGCGGUGGUAUGUCCGGUGCCGGGAACUGCGACGAUCAGAACAACAAAACGCCGACCCAGUACUCGAUCCCCGGCAUACUGCACUUCAUCCAGCACGAGUGGGCACGGUUCGAGCUCGAGCGAUCGCAAUGGGACGUGGAUCGGGCAGAGCUACAGGCAAAAAUUGCAGUGCUGGUGGGCGAACGGAAGGGUCAGGAAUCCCUCAAAUCCGAUCUGAUCCGGCGCAUUAAGAUGUUAGAGUAUGCACUUAAACAGGAACGUGCUAAAUUUCAUCGAUUAAAGUACGGCGUCGAUCCACCAAUGAACGAUAUCAAACCACCAACGGAUGAGCCGGGUAUUGGAACAGAAGUAGCUCCCGAUCCGGAGGUACCUUACAGUUCCGUGUCGAACAUAACUUGGCGGCAGGGUAGGCAGCUGUUGCGUCAGUAUUUGCAGGAGAUUGGCUAUACCGAUACAAUACUAGAUAUACGCUCGAACCGGGUGCGCUCGCUGCUAGGGUUGAACAAUAACAGCGAGCAGGAGGAAAACGUCAAUCCGAACGUAAACGGCGGGACGGAAUCGAACAAGCGGGCCAGCGAAUCGCAAGGACGCCGAACGCCGGCUAAAAAACCAUCCUCUGUAACUGAAGCGAUGAUACUGGACUCGGAGGCGGCGGUCAUCGCGAACUUUGAGUUCCUGGCCCGGGAGGACGUGGAGAUGUCGGACGACGAUGAUGUGUCGGACGAGAUAGACCUCGUCGUCGGGGACAGCGACGAUACGGACAUGAAAACGACCAAACGGAAAGCCAAAGGAAACACUUUGAAUGACGAUAUGGAUGCAGAAGCGGAUGAAGUAAUCAAUGAGUUGAAUCCAUUAACAGAAGGUGAGGAUGUUAUUAUGGAGGACAGUAACAAAAUCGGGGUCGCCGGAGAUGAUCUUUAUGUUGGAUACAAUAAAACUGGAAUGCCACGCCAUCCGACGAUACCGGGCAUAGGCAACGAUGAGGAGGUGGAUUCGUCACUCGGCGAGCUGGCUCAGCUGACGGUAAACAACGAGACGGAGUCGGCGUACGAUGUGUCCAACUCGAAGGAGCCAUACCGCAAGACGUGGAACGCCAAGUACACGCUUCGUUCACACUUUGACGGCGUGCGGGCGUUGGCUUUCCACCCACAGGAACCGGUCCUGAUAACUGCCUCUGAGGACCACACGCUGAAGCUGUGGAAUCUACAGAAAACUGUGCCAGCGAAAAAGUCUGCUAGUCUCGACGUGGAACCCCUGUACACGUUCCGCUCGCAUAACGGGCCGGUGCUGUGUCUCGCAAUGUCGGCAACCGGCGAGCAGUGCUAUUCGGGUGGGCUAGACGGUGCGAUCAACUGCUGGAAUCUGCCGAGCUCCAACAUCGAUCCGUACGAUAGCUACGAUCCGGAGGUGAUGCGUUGCACAAUCGAUGGACACACGGAUGCCGUCUGGGGGUUGGCCGUGAAUCAUGCGAAGAACACGCUCGUGUCCUGUUCGGCGGACGGUACCGUUAAGCUGUGGUCACCGUCCGGCAAGAUCCCCACCAACAGUACCACCUUCACGUCCGAGACGGAGGGUAUACCGACGUCGGUGGACUUUGUGAAGGAUCAGAUCGACCGUAUCGUGGUCGCGUACAGCAGCACACACUGCAUCAUCUACGACACUGAGACGGGCAAGCAGGUGGUGAAACUAGAGGCCAGCCAGGAGAUGACCGGCAAUCUCGGCAAACACAUCAACAAGGUGAUCAGCCAUCCGACGCUGCCGGUCACCAUUACGGCGCACGAGGAUCGUCACAUCCGGUUCUGGGACAACGGUACCGGUUCGCUAGUGCACUCAAUGGUGGCCCAUCUAGAUGCGGUCACCAGUUUGGCGAUCGAUGCGCACGGACUGUACCUGCUAUCUGGUUCGCACGAUUGCUCGAUCCGGCUCUGGCACAUGGACAACAAAACGUGCGUACAGGAAAUUACGGCGCAUCGGAAAAAGUUCGACGAAAGCAUACUGGACGUCGCCUUUCAUCCCUCGAAACCGUUCAUUGCCAGUGCCGGCGCUGACGCCAUAGCGAAGGUGUUCGUUUAAUAUCCUCACCGACACGUGACACGUGAGCAGCGUGACUUGUAUGUUAGUGUGUUGUGUGUGCGUGUACGUACGCGAGGCUUUGUUAACGAAACGAAGGGCGGUGAAAUCAAGGUUAAGAAAUGCGUUAUGAGACUAGCGCCCUUAUCAGUGCGGUCGCAUAAGUAUGUGUGUGUGUAUGUUUAGUUUUUAAAUCAUAAUUCUGCUAUAGUUCUUUACACUGACAAUUGUUUGUUUUAUCCCAAAUGCGACAACUGACGUUCGAAGCAAACAAAUCACUAACACUCCUAUAACAACGUUGUGUGGACACAAAAGCGUAUAUCGGUAGUUCCAACGAUGUUAAAUAGUAUCGAAAAGAUAGCGGAAGCCGAGUAUGGAAUGAUAGAUGAGCGGCAAAUGGUUUUUGAGAAUCAGACACGUGGAUGGAGAUGGCACGGGAGUUGCAGACGUAAGGAAGGACGGAAUCGAAAUAACACAUCGGAAAAACAAGUGCUAUUCGAUAUGAAUUAUGCUCUAUUAGUUCAUGUAGGGUACGGCCUACUCUCGCUGACGUAAAUGUCCUAACGGGCCAUCCGGCAUAGGUGGUGAGGCUUGAGGAGUUGUUAGUCCGUAGGCGCUUGUAGAAGGAUGUAGAUUUUCUUUAAAACUCAAUCUUCAAAUCUUUGCUAUAAUCUCUCUGUUUAUUCAACGCCAUGGUCUUCCCACUGACCAUGGCCCACUGACGGGCCGGCGUCUUCAUCGAAUAAUGGCUUCGACACAGAAGCAACUGUUGGCACAUCAGACAUUUUAUACUGCUUCUCGCCUGAUUUCUGGUGGUAGAUGAAGCUUUUGACUCCUUUUCCCAUUGGGACUCCAGAUGGGCAUGAUGGGCAUGAUUUGCAUCGUCUCUGUAACGCUCUAGGAGUCGACAUAGUUGACGACUCCCAUCGAGUCCUGACUGAACAGACCAUUCUCAAAAUGUAGGGUACGGCCUACUCCGGAGAGGUUUAAGCCCAACUAGGUCGACUUGGGUUGUCUUUUUUUCUCGUCUUCACUAUUUGUGAUCGCCCCGGAGUGUCGCAUGAUAGCAACCUUUUGUCGAAAAAAAAAUCGAUUCCGAUAAUAUCGAUACGCCGCACACACACACACACGUACACAUACACACACGGGAAGAACACAAGUAAUACAAAUAUACAAAGAACAACACUAAACAA